GCAUGACAGCACUGACUUACGGCACCCUUUUCGUUUGUGCUUUGCCCGAUUGGGCACCCACUGUAAAGAGCACGAUACAACACUUUUCCAUACAUGUCCGACUCACUUUCCACACUAUUUUUCCUAUAAUCACACAACUCCCGAGAACAGGGACGGAUGAAUAAAGAACACCUUCUAACCAACAAGAGAAUUAGGAGCUUGUGUCUGUGACGAGGGUUGUGCCACGGGGCACUAGGAUCUCACGAAAACAUUGGUCCUUCGAGCCGGAUUCUCUGCGGAGAGGGUCCGGCAUCGCCAUACUCGAACCAACCAGAGAGCUGAGGAGCGUCGCGGAUCGACGCCACAGCGAACCUAUGUACACCACACGGAGUGGCCGUCUGUCUCGUGCACCGACGCGAUUCGGAGACGACGACAACGCAGCAGCAGCAGCGGCAGCCCAGGACGACGCCGGCAAGUCAACGCAGAUGGCUGACAUCGUCAAGACGGAACAAGAGGCUGAGCUAAGUGAAAUCACUCGAGGUGGAGCUGGAGAAAGCACCAACCAGUUAGGUCCUGGUCUCCACACACCAAAUAAUUAUAUGCCUGUUUGUUCUGCUGUUCGUAAUACUAAUGUUAGUAGUUCCACGAACGAGUUUGUUCAUGAAAGUCAUGAAAACAAUUUUGAAACAUGUAAUGCUUCCUCUACAAGUAGGCCGUUUUCAUACUCGCACACACGCACCUCACAAAUGCAUGCAAACAAUGAUCCCGUACACGCACCACAUCAUGUUGCUGUAGAUUUAGCACCUCACCAGCCGUACGCUGGCCAGUCCUUUUUAGGUUCCGAUUUGCAUGACACUCACACGCGCUCUGUGACCCCCGCUGUUCCUUUUUUGCCUCAUGCACACCAAAAGCGUGUCCAGUACACAAACGACGCGCAGAUCGGCGAAAAUGCAGGCCUUGCUGCAGCCAGCGCAGGGUACCAAAACGGGAGCAGGUCGAUGAGCGCUCGUUCACUCACCACUUCAUCAGCAACGUCUUGCAGCAGCCGGCGCUCGCUCCGCUCAAUCGACGAACUCGACGCGGAAGCGGAACGUAUCGCCGCGGAGGAGCUUGCAGAAGUAGAACGAAAGCUGAUCCGCAAGAAGCUAGAACUCCAGAAGAAGUUAAACAGAAACCGGUCAAGCGGCAGCAGUAAUGCCAGCGUCCGAUCAAGUUCGUCCCGUCGAUCACGGGAGACCGGCAACGGAUCCGAGCUGACAAGCGCGGAUCGCAUUAGCCUAGCUGAGCGCGCACAGCGCGCCGAGCGCGCGGAGAGAAACAUGGGAGCAGCGCUUGAGGAAGCCAAUGGUCAAAUCCAGGAUCUGUUACUGGACCACCAAGUCCAAGGUGAGCGGGCUUCAGGGAACGAGCCCAAUGGCACACGUCCUACCCCUACAAGUGCAAGGCAGUCACACCCCAUGAAUCUCACCACCCACCAUUUCAUGGCAAGGCAGUCCACUGCCAAGGACCUGCCUCAGUUCUCUGGACAUGCUGACGAGUGGCCAGCAUUCAUCUUCGCCCUGGAGCACACGACCAGAGAGUGCGGAUUCUCGAACGGGGAGAACCUUGGACGACUGCAAAAGGCGCUGCGCGGAAAGGCAAAGGAAGCUGUACAGGGGAUGAUGACUCUCCCCGACAAUGUAGGGGAGGUCAUCUCCAUCUUGAGGAUGAGGUUCGGCCGCCCGGACCAGAUUGUCCAGAAUCUCAUUCUGAAGACGAAAUCACAGAGAGGCAUGAAGUCGGAGGAGGCCAUCGAGGUACUGAUUGAAAUCAGCGCCCUGUGCCGCAACCUUGUGGCCACUAUGCGAAGCACAAAGUGCACCGGCCAUCUCUACAACCCUCAAUUGGUCAAGGAGCUAGUUGGCAAGCUGUCUGGGGGGCUUCGGAUCCAGUGGGGAGAGUACGUGCUUAAAACCGGCACAGACCCGCACCUGGACACCUUCUCUGCCUGGCUUCAACAGAGGGCCAAGGCUGCAUGCCUAGUCGCUCAGCCGAGCCCAUGUGACGUCACUCAUGCCACUCCACGCACAGGCCAAAUGUUCACAGUCGUGGAGGCCACCGCCGGUAAGCCACAUUGCCUAUUCUGCAGCAAAGCUGGGCACACCACAAGUAGCUGCCGUCAGCUAGCCGCGGAGCCACUUAACGCCCGUCGGCAGUUCGUUAGUGACAGACGGCUGUGCUUCCGCUGCCUUGGCGAAGGCCAUCUGGCGAGGGUAUGCGAGGAGAAGGCCUGCUCGUGUGGCAAACCCCACCAUCCGCUACUACACCGCGAUGGCCGCGGAAGUGUAGCACCGCUAGGACGCAUGUCAGAGACGACAUACACCUCGGCAACCCACGUGUCGGAACACAGUGGAAGGGUGCUGCUGAGGGUGAUUCCGGUCACGGUACGAAACGGAGACACAGCGGCUGAUACAUACGCACUCCUGGACGAAGGCUCAACAGUGUCCUUGAUUGAAAGCGAACUGGCGGAGGAACUUGGACUUGCAGGACCAACGCGGCCCCUGAGGCUGUCAUGGACGGAUGGCAAGCAGCACCAGGAGUCCAGCUCCAAGGUAGUAACAUUCAGCGUAGCUGGCAGGCAGAGACAGGACAGCUUCACCUUGACAAACGUCCACACUCAUGCCAAGUUCAACCUGCCAACACAAUCAAUCAACCCUCAACGGCUGAAAAACUGCCCCCACCUGGAGGGACUUGAACUACCAACGCUGUCUUGUGCCAAGCCCAGACUCCUAAUCGGACAGGAUAAUUACAGCCUGAUCGCACCACGGGUGAUCGCGGAGGGCCCUCCAAACGCACCCGUAGCUACACAGACCAAGCUAGGGUGGGUUGUUCAUGGCAAAACGAUCGCCGACCGCUGCAGAAUCGAUGAAGGCGUGGUCCUCUCCACCUGGGGUCUCGACAGCGACCUCCAUGACCUGGUCCAGCAGUCGUUCGCCCUAGACUCCCUCGGGGUCAAGCCUGCGAAAAUCCGCAGCAAGGCUGACGACCGCGCACUCCAGCUGCUAGACACUCUCACCACGCGUACCGGACGCCGGUGGCAAACGGGGCUUCUCUGGCGGGAGGACAACAUCACCCUUCCACGGAGCAAGGCAACGGCUGCCCAGCGUCUCGAGCAGCUGGAGAGGCGCCUGCGGAAGGAUGACACGCUUGCACAAGGCUACCAGAGCAAGAUCGACAGCUAUUUGGAACAGGGGUAUGCCCGGAAGCUGUCACCUGAGGAGGCCACCCACCAGCCAGAGCGGACAUGGUACCUGCCACACUUUGCUGUGUACAACAAAGAGAAAGGCAAGGUGCGACUGGUGUUUGACGCCGCGGCAAAGUCGCAUGGAAAGUCUCUAAACGACUUCCUCCUCACCGGCCCCGACCUCCUGACGCCGAUCACACAAGUUCUGUACAACUUCCGACUGUAUGAGGUUGCCUUUGGUGCAGACAUCAAGGAGAUGUUCCACCAGGUGAAGAUGCGUCCCGAAGACCGUCAUGCACAACGCUUCCUCUGGCGCGACAUGGAUGCAAGCAGACCAGCUGAUGUGUACCAGAUGGACGUGAUGACGUUCGGUGCAGUCUGCUCACCAACCGCCGCCCAGUUUGCGAAGAACAUCAAUGCGCACGACUUGGCUUCCGGAGAUGCGCGAACCGUGACAGCCAUAGAGGAGUGCCACUAUGUCGACGACUAUUUCGACAGCACCCCAACAACCGAGGAAGCUGUAGCACUGACUCGCAAGGUGAUGGACGUCCACGAGGGGGGAGGGUUUGUGAUCCGUAACUGGGUGAGCAACUCUCCGACGGUCCUCGAGAGCCUUCCAUCAGAUCUGAGGUCACCAAGAAUCGUGAACGUCCACAGCCACGACCUCCCCAUCGAGAAGACCCUGGGCCUCCGAUGGGACCCUGCGAAGGACACUCUUGGCUUCUCCUGCGGCACGAAGCCAGAUCCAAAGGCACCAGUCACGAAGCGAAGCGUCCUGCGACACACAAUGUCGGUAUUCGACCCACUCGGCCUGGUGUCCUGCCACUCCAUCAUCGCACGCAUGCUUCUCCAAGACGUGUGGAGAGCUGGCAUAGGCUGGGAUGAUGAACUCCCUGCAUCUCUUGCACUGAGAUGGACAGAUUGGGCUGCAGAGCUAGAUCAGGUGGCCACCGUAGAAGUGCCACGGUGCUACACACCGUUGAUUGCAGUCGCUACAGACAUCCAGCUGCACGUGUUCGCUGACGCAAGCGAGAAAGCAUACGGCGCCGCUGCGUACUUGAGAGUAGCGAACCACGGUACUCAGCUGGCAGUGUCCCUAGUUGCAGCGAAGGCACGCGUUGCUCCACUGAAACCGGCCUCGAUACCCCGUCUGGAACUCCAGGCUGCGGUCCUCGCCUCGCGCCUAUCCUGUACCGUACGGGAGCAGCUGCGUAUUUCAAUUCCACGGGUCAUAUUCUGGACAGACUCCAGAACGGUGCUGUUGUGGAUACGCUCGGACGCCCGGCAAUUCAAACCAUUUGUGGCCCACCGGAUCGCGGAAAUAACAGACACAACAGAAGUAGAUCAGUGGCACUGGGUACCGACAAGACUGAACCCAGCCGACGACCUCUCCAGAGGCAUCUCUGCCCAGCGCUUGCAGCCGGACGAUCGCUGGUUUGGCGGCCCGGACUAUUUGAGGCAAGGCGAAGCAGACUGGCCCGCCGAGGAGACUCGUACGCCGGACCCGGAUGAUCUCGAGCUGAAGCGUGCGUUCAGUGGCGUCCACGCAGCAGCCGAAGACAGCUCAGAGCCACCCAGCCUGAACUCAGCACUACCAGAGAUCGAGCGCUUCUCAAGCUGGUGUCGCCUGGUAAGAGCAACCGCCUGGGUGCUACGCUUCACUCGCCACCUGAGACACGGAGGAAGAGACACUGCCAAGCCGUCGCUGACAGUCCCCGAGCUACGAGCCGCGGAGAGUCUUUGGUGGAAAGCUGCACAAGCGGAAGGCUUCCCAGAAGAACUCGCCGCGCUCCGCAAUGGCAAGCCAGUCAACAAGGACAGCCGCCUGGUCCAGAUGACACCCUUCAUCGACGACAAUGGCAUCAUGCGCUCCGACAGCCGCGUACGGCACGCAAAGGUUGAAAACAAGAACCUGCGCCAACCUGUCUUGCUCCCGCCGAAGCACGCCUUCACUAGGCUGCUCAUACAGCAACACCAUGUCUGGUCGUUACAUCAAGGACAGGAUCGCGUAGUGAACGAGCUGCGUCAGAAGUACUGGGUACCCGGUAUCCGCACAGCGGUAAGAAGCACCUGGAGCGAGUGCCAGCAUUGCAAGAAUCUCCGUGCCAAGCCGCAGCCACCAAUCAUGUCGGCCCUGCCAGAGUGCCGCACUGACGCCUUUCAGCGACCCUUCACACGGACAGGACUGGACUACUUCGGCCCGCUGUCUGUCACUGUUGGGCGCAGACAUGAGAAGCGGUACGGCGCUCUCUUCACUUGUCUCGCCACCCGAGCCGUUCACGUGGAGCUGGCGCACGACCUGUCCACAGACUCAACGCUGAUGGCCAUCCGGCGAUUCAUCAGCAGGCGAGGCUGUCCACUGGUGAUCCACUCAGACAACGGAACCAACUUCAAAGGCGCCGCCAAAGAGCUCCGCCAGGCCAUUCGUGAGCUGAAUGAAGCUCGCAUCCAGGACCAGCUUUCUCAUGACGGCAUUACAUGGUCGUUCAACCCGCCGGCGGCACCCCACAUGGGCGGAGCCUGGGAGCGGCUCGUUGGAUCCAUCAAGACCGCACUUCACGCCAUCCUCAAAGAGCGCCAUCCCAAGGAGGAGACCCUCCUGACCGCACUGGCAGAAGCAGAGGCACUCGUGAACAGUCGACCUCUCACACAUGUCAGUCUGGAUGCCGCCGAUGACGAGGCCUUGACUCCGAACCACUUCCUGAUCGGUUCCUCGUGUGCCAUUCUUCAAGGAAUCGCGCAGGCAGGAGAUGUCUCGCUGCGGCGCCAAUGGCGCGUUGCGCAAGCCCUUGCAGAUAUGUUCUGGCGCCGUUGGGUUCGCGAGUACCUUCCAACUCUCGCUCGCCGCACAAAGUGGAACCGCCAAACGAAGCAGCUCGUCGUAAACGACAUUGUCAUUAUCGCGGAUGACAACGCACCACGGGGUUCCUGGCCCAAAGGUGUCGUCUCAGCUGUCCAUCCAGGCCGCGAUGGUGUUGUCCGUGUUGUCGACGUCAAGACCGCAUCAGGUAGCGUUUUUCGCCGACCCGCCGCGAAAAUUUGUGUACUGGACGUGCGGUCGUAGAGCUGUCAUGCCUCCCGCACUUCUGAGCUGCAGCUAGCUGCGCUGUUUUUUUUUCUCUUUUUUUCUUGUUUUCCUUUUUCUUGUUUCGUGCGUCCAUGGACCGUCCACCCUUAUUUCUACUCGAAUAACACGAUGGUUGCUAGGUUUUAAUACAGUCUUCUUCGCUUUUCUUCUGUUCUUUUUUGCAUGUUUAUGUUAACUCUCCCACGGUUCGUAACCAGGGGGGAGAAUGUUGCUGCAUGACAGCACUGACUUACGGCACCCUUUUCGUUUGUGCUUUGCCCGAUUGGGCACCCACUGUAAAGAGCACGAUACAACACUUUUCCAUACAUGUCCGACUCACUUUCCACACUAUUUUUCCUAUAAUCACACAACUCCCGAGAACAGGGACGGAUGAAUAAAGAACACCUUCUAACCAACAAGAGAAUUAGGAGCUUGUGUCUGUGACGAGGGUUGUGCCACGGGGCACUAGGA